AUGAGAAAGAUUUGGCAUCAAAGAGACAUUCUAUUGCAGGCAGGGGGUGGAAGUCAGUUUGUAGUGGCAGGAAAGUUCAGAAUCCAUAAAGCUUACAAAUAUCUGCAUCACAGUGGUGUACAGGUGCCAUGGAAGAGAUUAGUUUGUAAUAGUAGGGCUAGCCCUAAGAGUACUUUUGUUAUGUGGUUAGCUAUCCAGAAUAGACUUGCUACCAAAGAUAGACUCAUCAAGUGGAAUAUUCUUGUUGUGAGUACUUGUGGCCUGUGUAACCAGCAAGAUGAGGAUAUUUCUCAUCUAUUUUUCUCCUACAAGUACUCUACUGAAGUGUGGGAGAUGGUGUUGCAAAACCUGGGGGUUCAGAGGAGUGUAUUACAGUGGCAAGAGGAGGUUAGUUGGGCAGUAAAGAAGAGUAGGAGCUCAAGGAAAUCUGAUGUCAGUUGUGCAAUGGCAUUCAUUGAGAGUGUUUAUGGGAUACGGCUGCAAAGAAAUUCUCAAAUUUUCUCUAGCAAAGUAGAGUCUCCUCUGGUUGUUGCUAACAGAAUCCUCUUCUGUGUAGCUUGUAGACAGUAG